UAUAGUCGUGUUAGACAGCACAUUGCUACAUGAUCGUUCAUGAAUGUAAUUCACUAAAAUGUAUUGAUGAUGUGUAUUAAGAUUUGGAUUGAUAAAUAGACAUUUAAUUGUUACUAAUGCCAGAACAGAGUGUUAUGCUCUCACAAUGUAUACACUUCAAACGACAAUUUUGUUUUUCUUCGGAUUUUUGUUUAAUUCAUGCAAAGGCGCAGGUAUCAUUUAUAUGGGCUGUUAUCAAGAUAGCGGCAACCGAGUCCUGACAGAUUAUGAUUACUUUUCUGAUUCGAACGCACCAGCCGAGUGUUCAAAAAACUGCAGCAACUACAAAUUUUUCGGAGUGGAGGCGCGGAAUCAUUGCCUCUGUGGUAAUACGAUUAUUUCUGCAACCCAAGCGCUAGAGUCAGAGUGUCGUGGUAUUUGUCCGGGCAACAUAAGCCAGAUAUGCGGCGCUGAUAGGAGGAUUAACCUCUACAAACAUUGGGGCUGCCCACUCGGAAGUUACAGCGUAAACUGUUCUAAGCAAUGUCAUUGCCUUGUGAGUUCAUGCGACGAUGUGACUGGUGAAUGUGAAAAUGGUGGCUGUAAAGACGGAUGGAAAGGAAUAUCGUGUAAUGAAAAGUGUGGCGGGGUCCUGACGGAUCCAUUUGGCGUCAUCACGAGCCACAACUUCCCAUCGUAUUACAACAGCAAAGUGCACUGUACCUGGGUCAUCAACGCACCAGAGGGCUGCUGGAUCAAUGGGAAAUUUACAGACUUUGCACUGGAGUACCACUCCAAUUGUAUUUAUGACUACCUGGAACUCUUCAACGGACCUAACGCCUCCUAUCCGUCUAUCGGAAAGUUCUGCGGGACAGUGCCACCUAUGCAAUUUACGUCGCAGUCGAACUCUGUAUGUAUUGUCUUCUCCACAGACUCCGACAAUAGUGAAAGGGGUUUCAGGUUGACGUACACAAUCUCCGGACAAGCCAAAGAAACUACUGCAUCCAAGCCGAGCACGACAGUCACAAUCAGCAUCCCGACCGCAACAACUUCUAGCCCAACAAGAAACACUACAUUUGCUACAACACUUGCUGUGUCUUCGGUCCUCGGCGUUGUGCUUGUCGCUGUUAUAAUAUUUAUUGUGGUGUGCAUCAGAAGACGACAUCGCCAAUCGACUGGAGGGGUCUCUGCAAGUACAGAAUCGUCUCCUGAAAAUAACUACGACGACUUGUUAACAUCCAGGGACCCUGGCAACUAUGACUUCCUUCAAAUGACAACCCGUGGCCAGCAGGGAUGCACAAACUAAAAUAUUGCAGAUGCGAACGUCGCUUUGACGAAUGGACUUGGUCAAUAUGCGUUGGGAUUGUCCUUGUCCAGUGUUAACAUUUGUACAUAAAUAUUCGCUUUUGAAAUAUGUCAUAGGUACAUUAAAAUAGCAUGUUUGCCAUGUUUUAUCUCACAGUUAAAUGAAGUUGUUUUCUUAGAUGUGUAUAUUUGUACCAGAUCUAGAAAUUGAUACUUUAAACGUCAAAACACCACUUGCGAGUUUCUUGACCGAGAAAAGUUAUCGCUAUAAACAAACACUAGACAUAAACAAACGCAUGUAACAAACCAGUCUGAUAUUAUAACUACUACUGAUAGUUCUAGCAGCUUAAUAUAUAAACUCUCAUGAUCAGCAUCAUUCCAAGCUGUUCAGUAGUGAUUGCGCAGGUAACUUCAACAUUAGCGGGUCAGACUAAAAACUUAAGCAACAAAACCUACCAACAUUUUGUAACCCCUUGUUAAAGUGAACGGUAAUGCAAACGAACAUUUAUCAAUUUAAUGUUUGGGUAAUAUCGGUAAGUACUUUUUUCACCAACCAUUUUUGUUACAUAUACAUUUCAUCAACAUGUAUUAACGACUGCUCAUAUAUAUUUCUAGAUGUGUAUGAUAUUAUUUCAAUUAGUUUAUUUGGUGAUUACUUUUUUAUCAUUUGGUCAUAGUAGUAUGCACACUUCUUUGAUAUGAUUUGUAAUAUAUUUUAUGUAUAACUCAAGCUAUUUUGAUAGUAGUGUAAAUUGACAGAAUUGAGAAAAAUCUCGAAGCUUAUGCUAUGUUUCUCUUCUGUCAUAUGGAGUUGCUGCUUAUAUGGUGUCAACAAUUGAGCAUAAAACUACAAUGUACAUAAUGUCGAAACAAUGAAUAGCGAAUAAUAUAAGUACAUAGUGUACAGUAUCAGAAUGAAAAAUUAUAAGGGAAAUAAUACAAAAAAGUUACAAGAUGAUGUAGAUAACGAAAGAAAGAUACUACGUUUAUAUACAUCAGCAUUAUUAAUUUGUAAUAAAGAAAUAUAUAAAAGCGAAAGAGUUAUCGCAACUUAAGAAAGCUACGAUAAUAAAAAAAACAGUUGUGGGGACUAUCCGAUAUGUACAUAUAACUAGAAAUGUAUUAGUUGCACUAUUAUAUCAUUUUUUCAUUUGUAUAGUAUGACUUACUAUUUUAUAUUAUAACCCCACGUGUGACUGCGUACGUGGAUUCGUAGGUUCGUGUAUGUGCUUUUGCAAAUACGAGAUACUAGAGUAUUUAGUGGGUAUGCACUAAUUGCACAAAGAGACAUAGAUAUUUAACACCGACACAGUAUGCAUAAUGCAGGCCUUUGAACACCAGUGCCUACAACGACUGCUCAGCAUCGCAUACAUAGAUCACAAGACCAAAGAGUACGUCCGGAACAUAAAAUAAUGAUACCUUAAAGGCCUGUUGACAAGAUGUAUAUUCAUAACGUAUUGUAUAAGCAUUUAUUAAGCAGUGAGAACAAGUAUAAACGAUUUACCUGUUUUAGUUUCAUUUGAUCGUAUUAAAGAAUGAUAAAAGUAUGUUUCUUUUGUUUGCUUCCACCAAUCGAAUAGUGCAAUUAUAAUUAGAACAAAUAUAUUUUUUACUGUUUGAUUUUAAUUGUAAUGCUAUGAGGUUAAUUCGUUUAUGCAAUCAUAUUUUCAUGACCCUAUU